AUGCAUCAGAGUCAUGUGACUGUCCUGGAUAAUGUGAGUCCUGUACCUAACCUUGAUAAAGUGAGUCAUGUAGCUACCCUGGAUAAUGUGAGCCCUGUAGCUAACCUUGAUAAGGUGAGUCGUGUAGCUACCCUGGAUAAUGUGAGUCCCGUACCUAACCUUGAUAAGGUGAGUCAUGUAGCUACCCUGGAUAAUGUGAGUCCUGUACCUAACCUUGAUAAGGUGAGUCAUGUAGCUACACUGGAUAAUGUGAGUCCUGUACCUAACCUUGAUAAGGUGAGUCAUGUAGCUACCCUGGAUUAUGUGAGUCCCGUACCUAACCUUGAAAAGGUGAGUCAUGUAGCUACCCUGGAUAAUGUGAGCCCUGUAGAGAAAGAACAGAAGAUCCGCAAGGCCAAAGGCAUAACACUGGCUGUGAAUGUACUCUCAUCAGUUGUGCUCAUACCUUACCACAUUACGGAUGAGAUCCAAUGCGUGGUAGAGCCUUCACAAGUGAUCGGUAGCGUGAUAGAGUCUUCACCAGUGAUAGAUAGUGUGAUAGAAUCUUCACCAGUGGUCGAUAGUGUGAUAAAGCCUUCACCAGUGGUCGAUAGUGUUAAAGAGACUUCCCCAGUGGUCGACAGUGUGAUAGAGCCUUCACCAGUGGUCGACAGUGUGAUAGAGCCUUCACCAGCGGUCGACAGUGUGAUAGAGCCUUCACCAGUGGUCGACAGUGUGAUAGAGACUUCACCAGUGGUCAAUAGUGUGAAAGAGCCUUCACCAGUGGUCGCUAAUGUCAUAGAGCUUUCACCAGUGGUCGACAGUGUAAAAGAGACUUCACAAGUGGUCGACAGUGUGAUAGAGCCUUCACCAGUGGUCGACAGUGUAAUAGAGACUUCACCAGUGGUCGACAGUGUGAUAGAGUCUUCACCAGUGGUCAGUGGUGUGAUAGAGCCUUCACCAGUGGUCGACAGUAUGAUAGAGCCUUCUACAAUGGUCGACAGUGUGAUAGAGCCUUCACCAGUGGUCGACAGUAUGAUAGAUCCUUCACCAAUGGUCGAUAGUGUGAUAGAUCCUUCACCAGUGGUCAAAAGUGUGAGAGAUCCUUCACCUGUGGUCGACAGUGUGAUAGAGCCUUCACCAGUGGUCGAUAGCUUGAUAGAGCCUGCACCAGUGGUCGAUAGCUUGAUAGAACCUUCACCAAUGGUCAAUAGCUUGAUAAAGUCUUCACCGGUGAUAGUUAGUGUGAUAGAGCCUUCACCAUUGAGAGAUAGUGUUAUAGAGCCUUCACCAUUGAUAGAUAGUGUGAUAGAACCUUGA